AUGGCUAUGGCAGAGAUGGAGGAUGUCCCCUUGGUGAGCGAAGAGAAGAUUCCCAGCAACCGGCGACGUUUGAUGAUGGUAGUUGGUGCCACAACCUUUCUGAUGGCAAUGACUUUGUCAAUUAGUCUGGGCUAUGUCUACUUCCACAAACAGCACUUUCGUAUCCGUGCGGGCGAUCCUUUGCAUACCAAAGUGGGCUUUCCCAACCAAAAGGAUGUGCAAAAGCUGUUGGAGCUUCUGCAGGAGACCUAUCCGGAUCCCCAGAUUGUUUUCAAAGAGCUGAAGUCCUUGAACGUGGACAAUUCGGAUCCGGAAAACAUCAAAUUCACACCGAAAGACUGGAAGCCGUCCAACGUCACACAAAAAUCACAACUCCGGUCUCGAAGACUCCAAGAAUUCCUCCCGGACCAAAUUGACACUCACAUGGACUACGACUACUUUGAAUCCUUGAACUUGGCUCUCUGCGUAAUCGAUGGCUACCAAUCUGCUUUGACGAUUGGACAGAUUGCAACGAACAUCCACUCCCUGACCAUCGCAUGCGAGUCUCCGUAUCCAAAGGAUCCCCAACAGCAGGACUUCUGUGCCCAAAUGGUGUCCCUGAAUCUGGCGCUGUGGGGCUAUCUGGCUUGCUUCAUCGAGGACAUGGUGUCGGCAUGUGGUCCAGAGUUCAAUCUCAAUGCCGGAUGUUCCUUGGAUGUUACAGGUUUGCUCACGAAUUCCUUUCUGGCAGCAUCGGCUGGUGCUGGCAUGAAGCAGAACUGCCUUCCUCCUGGAGGCUACAAAGGUACCACACCGGCCCCUGAAGUGGAAGUUGACACAGAUCCGGUGACACGGACCUUUGGUGUAUCCGUACAAGACGACAUUGAGGGUUUCCUGAAACGGCUGCGAGAGCGACAACAGGCUGCACAAAGAGAACGCACUGAGCGCUUUAAACUUAACUCUGCCGUGGGCGCUGGCAGUCGACGCCUGGACGAAAUUGCGAAUCUGCCUGCGAUGCCGCUGAUGAAGCAGGAGAUGGAUUCGGAAGCGGAUGCCGAGUAUAUUCAGAAGAGAGCGCAGGAGACGAUCGACAGCUUUUUGGGUGGUAAAGAUAUCGACAUCAAGGACAAAGCAGCGGUGAAGAGACAGCUGAAGCUGACCUCCGAAGAAGUGAUCCAGCUGAAGAAGGACAGCGACGAGAAGAAGUGGAAGCGCGCUGCUUGCGGCUUGGACACUCAGAAGGCAGCUGCACGUCUGGCACAGGCGGCUGUGAUGAUGGCUUUCGCCGUGAAAGACUGUUCAGUGGAAAACUUCCAGGACAAGGGCCAAGCCGGCAAGAACAAAUGCGCUGUGGACAUCACUGCGGCAAUUGCAUCUGCUGGCAUUGCUGCCAGUUUGAUUACCAUCAGCGUCAUCAAUUGCCCUGCGAGCCUGGAGUUCACUGAAAUCAUGGGCAAGCGAUUCUGUGCAGCGUCCAUCAUUGACUUGGUAGUGGCCACGAGCUACAUCGGGACAUCUAUUGCCAGCAUUCAGGGCACCUGUGGUACCCUGGACAAUGCCUGGGAAUAG